AUGGAGAAUGCAGAGUUGAAGCAGCUGUUGAUUGAAACAAGUAGCAAAUCCAUCAUGGUGAUCAAAGACAUCGAUUGCUCGCUUGAUCUCACCGGGGCUCGGAAGAUUAAGAAGAACGGCAAGGACGAAACGAAAGAUGAAAUGAUGAAGCAGAACAAGAGAGAGGAUCAGGAGAAGAAGAGCAGAGUUACUCUGUCUGGCGUCCUGAAUUUCAUUGAUGGGAUAUGGUCCGCUUGUGGAGAAGAAAGGAUCAUCGUAUUCACAACGAAUCACGUCAAAAAACUCGAUCCGGCAUUGAUUCGGCGAGGACGGAUGGACCUGAGGAUCGAGAUGUCGUACUGCGAUUUCGAGGCAUUCAAAGUAUUGGCUAAGAAUUAUUUGGACAUGGACUCGCAUCCUUUGUUUGGAGAAAUCAGACAGUUGUUGGAGGAAUACGAUGUUUGUCCUUGUGACGUGGCUGAGAAUUUGAUACCGAAAGGGGAAUCGAGCGACCACAAGGAAACCUGUUUAAUGGGCUUAAUUGAAGCUAUCAAGAACGAAAACAAGAAAAAACAUGAAGUAGUACUAAAGGAAGAAGUUCAGGACGGAAAUGCUCUGUUUCCAAACAUCUUGGAGGAGUAA